AUGACUACCAGCAGCACGAUGCCGAAGAAAGAGUGGACUUACAGGUUUACUUGUAAUAUCGUGAAUGGCUCUUACGGUCAGACAUUGGUAGCCGACCUUAAAGGAGGAGGCGGCGAGUCUCCAGCAGUCUGGGCACUGUCCGAUACUGAUCGUUUCACCAGCCCCUACAAGAAAUGGGAGAUAUGGUCCCAUCCUCUUGAGCAAAGCACCAUAGUGCUCAUAUGGAACCGUGCCAGGCUCGGUAGACGGGUGAAUUGCUAUACUGGUUCUCAGUCCGAAGAGCAGUUCCAUUGGUACCUGGAGGGCGCAGACGUCAAGAACUACGAUCCUGCUACUCCCAUAAAAUUUCGAUCUGUAUCGCAUCCAGAUGCUUCUUUAAGUCUUGAGCGAAACGACCCUGGUCUUGAGACUGCUUUUGCUUGCCGGAAGUCAACACAUGAAUACUUCCAAUUGUUCCAUCUAUACAAAACCUUGACGGUCCAGACCUCCGCUACUUUGUGCUAUCUUGUAAAAAAGCCUACACGGUACGGAUUUGAAAACAACAGCAGCCGGCCUAUUGGUACCGCCCCCCUCACUCCAUCUUAUGGUACAUUAUCUAAGCAACCGGUUGCCGUGAAGAAUCGCAACCACCUUUGUUUGAUUGGAUGGAUUUCAGACGCUUUUGUCGUUAGCAAGAUGAAUCGCAAGCCUAGGUAUCAGCCAAGCGAUGCUGUGGCACCAAGCACCGGUGGCUCAACGGACAGUCCAUCAUCAUCUUCCCAAUCUACACCUCAUGGCAUAGUAUCGAAGGGGAAAGGCAAACAAACCGCACCGACAGGUCAAAGAGUGCCGGCUGUCAUUUCAUCCCCGGGCCUUCAGAAAGGCAUUGCAGGCGGCAGCCAUCGGCCAAUUGACCAAACUUUCAAGAUGAACCCAGUGAACGGUACAAUGUCUUUGACCAUACCAAUUCCAGUAACUGAGGGACGUGGUGGAUUUGGACCAAAGCUUGAACUCUCGUAUAAUUCGGGCUCAGGAAAUGGCUGCUUCGGAAUCGGCUGGCAACUGAACUUGAGUUCUAUCACACGCAUGACUUCCAAGCGUACUCCUAUGUACGAUGAGACUGACACUUUCUUGUUGAGCGGUGAGGACGAGUUGGUCCGUAUGGGGGACCCUGAACGCAUAGGCGAUGACUUUUCCGUCCAGUCGUAUCAACCUCGAGUCAUGGGAGAUCCUCUGAAGAUCGAACAAUGGAGCCGAUUGAGAGAUCCUUCUGAUGUCCAUUGGAGGACAAUUUCGGGUUCCAAUGUGACUUGCAUAUACGGCCAGUCAAGCCAAACGCGAAUAUCGCGUAGGGAUCAGUCUGGUUGCACGUGUAUCUUCUCUUGGCUGCUGUGCUCUUCAUAUGACUCUUUUGGGAAUUUGAUCACCUAUGAAUACAAGGAGGAAGACACGCAGGGUUUGGAUACUUUGUCGCCUGAAGCACGAUUGCAGGAACAAGGCCGAGCGACAGAAACAUCUGGGCGUGCAAAGUACUUGAAGGUGAUCAAAUACGGCAAUACACUCCCAAAUCGAGAUCUUAGUAGUUGGAAGCCACUCGAGUAUGACGGGCAAUACCACUUCCAAGUAGUUCAUGACUACGGAGACCAUGACCUCGACAACCCGGAUGUUCAGGCAGACUCACCCUGGUUAGUCAGACAAGACCGAUUCUCGACAGCUGCAGCCGGGUUCGAAGUACGCUGGCUGCGGCUGUGUCGCCGCAUUCUCAUGUUCCAUUACUUUCCGAAGGAGCUGUCGGAGAAGCAUUGUCUGUAUAACAUGCCGAUCGAUGUAUCCAAAGCCCAACUUGAACACAUGAAUACCGAUAACUUGCCAAAUUUGCCCGGUCCGGAUGGGCAUGAGUGGCAAUGGGUGGAUUUGCUAGGCGAGGGAGCGCCUGGUCUUCUUGAACAACGUCCCGACGGCUCUUGGAACUUCCGUAAGAACUAUAAUGUCAUCGAUGAUUCAUCAGCCCCGAGGUUCGAUUCAUCUAUGACCAUACCUGCACGACCGAACCGAAACUUGGGCAAAUCGGCUUACUUUGAGGAUUUGAAUCAAGACGGAAAGCUUGAACUAGUCUGUUUAGACGAUGUGAACAAGUUGGAAGGCUUCUACCACCAGCAUGAUGAGCAGUGGGUUGGCUUCACCACCUUCUCGUCGAUUCCAAAUCGAGAUACCACGGCAGUAUUCUUCAAACAGCUUGAUCUUACUGGAGAUGGCCUUGCGGAUCUUGUGGCCGUUGAUCCCGUGGACAGAGAAAUUAUAUGGCAAGAGAAUUUGGGCACAGUUGGAUUUGCUCCAUUGAGGCGCUCCGUCAACAGGACGGGUGUUCCACAGCUAAUGUCUGAUGAUCCUACGGUACAGGUCACUGUUGCUGAUAUGACAGGUGACGGUCGGCCAGAUAUCGUACAAGUCUCUUCAGGCUGUGUCACAUACUGGCAGAAUCUAUCACACGGGCAGUUCAGCGAGCCGAUUUGCAUGUAUAAUGCACCAAAGCUGGAAAGCGAUACCUCCAUUGCCGAAAGAAUACGCCUUGCUGAUAUCAACGGCUCGGGUACUAACGACCUGAUCUACAUGCCUGCCAGUGGCGGUCUGCACGUUUAUUUCAACCAAACAGGAAACGGCUGGAGUGACCCACAGAUUCUGGAGUCAUUUCCGCCGGUCAACCAACUGAGUAGCAUCUCUACGGUUGACCUCUUUGGCAAAGGAACCGCAUGUUUAUGCUGGAGCGGUAAAGUGUCAGGGUCAAAUUCAGCGCAGACUCUUUACUAUGUCGAUCUUGCCCCUGGACCCAAGCCCAACUGCUUAGCUUCAUACCGCAAUGGGAGAGGAUCUCGAGUAGAAGUCUCAUAUCGGUCCUCCAACUGGUAUUACCUGCGAGAUGAGCGAGCUGGAGCCUCGUGGUCUACAAGGAUAGGGUUCCCGGUCCAGUGCGUGAGCCAAGUCAGGAUCCUGGACGAUACAACUGGCCUUCUAAACACCAAGAGUUUCACUUAUCAUGAUGGCUACUACGAUGCUCAUGAUAGAGAGUUUAGAGGCUUCGGGAUGGUCGAAAAACUCGAAUCUAUCGUUUUCAACGUCGAUACUCCAUCAGAAUUCCGCCAACCAGCUAGGCUCACCAAAACUUGGUUCCAUACGGGAGCAGUGACACCAACUGUGUGCCGUCUAGAGCGAGCAUCUUCUGCAGCUCUAUUCGGAACUUACUGGUCCGUAGAGUCAGUCCAGCUCGAAGAUCGGCGCGACACCUGCCGGGCUCUCAAAGGAAUGCAACUUCGGGAAGAAAUCCUUGGCGAACAUGGAACUACACUUACAGAACAUGCCUACCAAGUUACGGAUACUGCUCACCAGGUGGUCCGGCUCUCGCCCAGGAAAGGCCCACUGCAGCCAGGCACAUAUCGUUGCGUUCCACGCGAGGUACUCAAGACUCAUAAUGAUCGGUCCCCGGAGUCACUGCCACGUUACAACCACGAACUCAUUCUGGAGACCAACAACUUCAAUGAUACACUGAAAUCAAUGGAGAUUUUCUAUGGGUGCUCACGCGGAGAGGUCAUGGAUCCUUCCCAGAAGGAAACUAUCUUGACUUACACGGAGAACGAAUAUUGCUUGCCUAUACUUGACAAAGGCAAUGGGAUCUUUGUGAAGCCAAUGCCGUCAGUCACUCGCAAAUAUCGGAUUGUUGGUCUGGACUGUUCAAGCGACAACAUACAAUCGGCUUUCACCAGGUUUACUAGCGGCAGCUUCCAAAUGUUGCGGCGUAUUCCCGAAGUUCCAUACACAGGUCAGAUGCUACCUCCAUAUUCUUCAGAAGCCCGAGUAAAGGUCGAAGAGAGACGGACCUUAUACCGCGAUCAGGAAUUGUCCCAAGAGGAUCCCUUACCUCUAGGGCAAUUCCAGGGCUACUCGGUGAUGCUUGGUACACUUGACCUGGCUGGAGGAGACAAAUGGUUUCAAGACCUGCUCAAGCACUAUUUGCCUGAGAAUUUGGGGCUGGAUAGUUUUAUGACUACAUACGGGUACAUCAAGACGACGGAGGAAGACGGUGCCGUGCUGUGGUGGCGCCCUUCUUCGCGUACUCUAUUUGAUCCUGAGGCAGAAAGUGAACUCGUCACGGCCAGAAGGUGCUUCUACACACCGACGAUCACCCAGGAUCCCUUUGGCAAUCGGAGUACAGUUCAGAUGGAUGACUACAACCUGCUGCCAAAGCUUUCUACUGAUGCGGUGGGAAACGCUACCAAGGUGGAUAUGAAUUACAGAUACAUGUCUCCAUUGUGUGUCGUUGAUCCAAACCGCAAUCGAACCACCUAUAGCUACGACCUGUUGGGUCGAGUCAUGGCAACAGCCCGAUCCGGGAAAGAGAACGAAUUGGUUGGUGAUAAUCUCAACACGACAAUCAAGCUACCCUCACAAGCUGAUAAAGAUGCUUUCUUUGCAUGCCCAACCCAAGAGGCUGCUUUUGAGCUUAUAGGUGGUGCCACUAGCUACCGCUUGUACUGCGACGCUCAAACCAAGCGUUCCAGUGACCUUUCGGAUACCUGUCCAACUGCCUUUAUCGACUUGAGUCGAAUGUAUCAUCAUGCUGAUGGGGCCAGUGCUAGUGAUAUUUCCAUAUUGAUCACCUACUUGGAUGGUAAUCUCGCUGAGCUGCAAACCACCAGCUUGGCUGACACAGGGAAAGGUGGAUAUAAAUGGAACAUUAGUGAAUGGAGCUUGCGGAAUAGCAAAGGAGACCCGGUUCGCACGUUUCAGCCGUGCUACUCCAAUUCGCAUGAGUUCGUUCGUUCUUCUGAAAGCCAGUCGAAAGUAACGUCCAUGAUCUACGAUCCCCUCAGCAGACUAGUUGGUACACUGUAUCCUGACCACGCGUACUCGAAAUUGAGAUAUGGGACUUGGACAACUACAAACUACGACAGAGGGGAUACAGUCUUGAUGGACCUCUCUGAGGACAAAGAUCUCAGUAUCUAUACCAACCUUCUCGCAAAGGAGAACUAUAGCCCCAGCUGGCACGCUAGCGCUUCGACCCAAGAGCUUUCACGCAGGGCUGUAGCGAAGGCUUCGGAGGUUUACAGUGAGACACCCGAUAAGACUUAUCUGGAUGCGCAAGAACGUCCGAUUCUCCAAAUCAGAGAUUGCAAAACUGCUAAGAUAAAGUCGCGGAGUGUUUACAGCCUAUCAGGGCAUUUGGCCCAAACAAUAGAUGGUAGCGGUCGUCUUGCUGAAAGCGUAACCUCUGACUUGCUAGGGCGUGGCAUACUCCAUCGAGGCAUGGAUACGGGAGCGGUCUUCACCUUUCCCGACUGUAUGGAACGCACUGUGAUUCUGAUAGAUGGCCGUAACUGGAAGCAACGAUCAGUCUAUGAUGCCGCAGGCAGGAAGACCCAUAUCUGGCUCUCACAGCACGAUGGAACCGAGUUCUUGGCAGAACUGACUCGCUAUGGUGAGUCUGUGGGCGGUGCCGAGUCUGUGAACUUGCGUGGAAAGGUAUUUGAGAUACGGGAUCAGUCAGGGAUCCAGACGAACAAGGUCCUGGACUUCAAAGGGAACUGUGUCGAGUCAACAAUCCAGUUCGUGACUGACUACAAAGGAUCGAUCGACUGGGGAGCUGAGAGCAAUCCGAAGCUAGACCCCGAGGUCUACACGGUUCGAAAGUCUUAUGAUGCCAUGGACAGAGUGGUCGAGACAUACGAUGCCGAAGGUGCAGUCACACGGCAUAUUUAUGGCAUUUAUGGACAGCUUGAUCGGGUUUCAUACGGAAGCAGAGGGCAGAAGGAUGACCCCUGGGAAGAUUACAUGAGUGACAUGAGGUACGCGGCUGAUGGACAACCAGAGCAGAUCCUAUAUGGAAAUGGUGUCUUGGCGACCUUUCGGUAUGACCCAGCUACCAGACUCAUGAUUCGCAAGAGACUCAUUCGCCAGAAUGACAGGAGGGUCAUGGAGGACACACAUUACUCACACGAUGUUAUGUAUCGGGUGAUUCAGUCCAAUGAUGCCGCCCAGCCAGUUUCCUACUUCAACAGCACCAUCGUUGAUGCAAGAUGCUCUUAUACUUACGACACUAUUGGUCGUCUCUCGUCGGCCCAAGGUCGCGAAGAUACUAAUACCAACGCACGAGGGAAGUCAUCUGUUGGAAUACCUAGCGACAGCACCCGAAUCUGCAGAUAUACGGAAGAGUAUCAGUAUGACGACGCUGAUAACAUCACCCAAGUGAAACACCACGCAGGUCCAAAAGGCCAGAUGUGGGUGCGGAGUUAUGCGUACGAGGAAAAGAGCUUGGUCAAGGAAGGCGAGGCGGGAAACAGGCUCAGCUACACUUCAAAGAGUGGUCAAACAGAGAAAUGGACCUACGGCGAUGGAACCAGCACGGGAUUUACGGGCAGUGUCAUUGCCGGUGGCGGGAUGCAUUCCAUGGACUGGGAUCCUUUCAGCCGUCUCAAGUCUUGCUCAAGGCAAAUCAAGAAGAGUGGUACACCAGAGACUACAUGGUAUGUGUAUAACAGUGAAGGUAGGAGGGUACGAAAGGUGACGGAGCGAUCAUCGUCUGGUUCAGAGGAUCUGAGAAAGCUCAAAGAAACUUUUUUCUUUUCCAAUCUGCACAUAUACAAGUGCAAGACUGGUGAUGAAUCUGGCUACAGCAAGGAUAAACGGUACCAUCUGAUACAUAGUACCGAACAGAAACUCGUGGCCAUUGCGGAAGAGGACAAAUCCUUGUCUUCAGCGUCUGCCCCUCUAGUCAGAUACCACAUGUCCGACAAGCUGGAGUUGGAUCAGUCGGGACUUGUCAUAACUUACGAGGAGUAUUCACCAUUUGGAUCAAGUUCCUUUUGUCUCCGACGAUCGAAACAAGAGGCAUCCCGCAAGUACAGAUUUUCUGCUUACGAGAGAGAUAAAGAGACGGGACUCUACUACUGCAACGCACGAUACUAUGCUCCGUGGCUUGGGCGUUGGAUUUCACCAGAUCCCCUUGGGACCAAGGAUGGGCUAAACUUGUACUGCUACUGCGGCAAUGAUCCGGUGAACUACGUCGAUCCCACCGGAACUAUGGGCACGGGCAUAAUGAAGGCAAUGCAAAUAGCAGCAGUUCCACUGCUGAAGAACGUUAUGAGAAUGGACGAAAACGCGAAAAUGAGCUCCAGGGUUCAGGCCUACCAGCAAUCCUGGCUAUCACAGUCGUCCAAGCCGCCUCGAGAUUCAUAUCCAGCUGUCAUGGAUGAUGUCAAGAUCAUAAAUGAGCAUGAAGAGCUAAACAACCUGAAGGAAUACAACGCGAUAAGGUUACAUGAAGUACAGAAACCGCUGCCAGGCAUGUCCCUAGAGCGGAUGAGGGAAUUAGAAACGUACACCCUGGAUCAGUACAUCACUGAGCUUGCCAAGGAAACUCUGAUCGCGGUAUACAAGAAGGGCGUCGGAGCUGCUACUUGCACAAUCGCUACACAGAUCGCCCUACUAGCCAUCCCCUUGCCUGCGCGGGCUGCGCUUGUUAUGUUCACCGGCGUUGUCGGUAAUGAACUCGCCGAGGUUGGGGCGAACAAGUUUCCUACUAUGACAUUUCGAGCAACGCGAAAAGCUGUAACCUUUCCCCUCAAAGCAAUAAACAUGGACGUGUUCGACUUCCCAAACUUUAGCGAUCGUGUCGAGGCGUUGAUGCGAAGCAAUCGUGUUCCUGGCCUCUCUGUUGCUGUUAUCCACGGUGAUAAGGUCAAGUCCGCGGGCUAUGGCUUCGCCUCAAUCAAGUCUCAAGAACCAUGCACUGCAGACACGCUGUUUGACAUCGCGUCUUCCUCAAAAUCGCUCACAGCGGCAGCAAUCGCUCUUUUGGUUGAGGAUGCCAACUUUUCGGAAGUUCAAUAUGGCUCAAUCAUGUCUGAACUGCUGCCCGACGACUUUGUCAUGUCGGAGGAACUGCACACCAAUACUGUCACUGUAGACGAUCUUUUGGGGCACCACACUGGCAUGCCUGGUGGUGUAGCCACGAUGAUUCAUACAUGGGAAUACGCGCUGCUACUGAGCGACAACGCGCGAUCAAUUACGCGAAAUCUGCGAAACUUCGCUGUCACAGCUCCACCACGGACACGCUACAUCUACUGCAACAUGAUGUACACUGUCUUGACUCAUCUCAUAGAAACCAAAAGCGGACAGUCUUUCAGCGAAUUCCCACAAGAGCGCACCUUUGAUCGUCUUGACAUGACGUCGAGCAGUCUGCAGCCCGAAGGCGCCAAAGCUAGAGGUCACUGUCAUCGUAUAGCAAAAGGGCAUAUUUGGGACAAGAAGUCCGCAUCAUAUCGCGAGUUUGAUGCAGUGAAUUGUCCAGAAGGCCAAGGCGCAGGGUCAUUAAUCUCGAGCGCCAACGAUUACAUCAAGUUUCUCAAUGCGCUUAUCGAUCGUAACGGGCCGAUAAGUCAGGCUGUGUACCAAGGAUUGACUCGACCGCGGUCUGAGCGAGGUGCAAACCAUCGCCAACGAAAGACGGGCAUUCAUCGUAUUCUCUACACAGCUGGUAUGGAUCUGUACUGGCAAGGCGAAUACGCGGUGUUUGGGCACAGCGGAGACAUUACAGGGUUUGGUAGUCGCUUUGUGUUUCUGCCAGAGCUCAAGUUUGGGGCAGUUAUAAUGGGCAAUUCUUCGGGAACCAACUCAGUAGCUGCACAACUAUUUCGCGAAUUGAUCGACGCGGCUAUCAAGUCUUAUACGGGGCCGCGGCCAUUGAGCGCAAUGUCCAACCCAGUGGUGCACACGGCGCCGCCAAAAGAACGCGAGAAACCGAAUUCAAAGUCGCAGAGUCACGCGGGUGAGAUGGUGAAGACCAACGCUGGCAGGGGAAAGGACCAAAAAGAAGACACUUCAACUAUAGUUGGAUCUAGUGCUACCUUGCAAAGAGAUGUGAAACUCGAAGAAUAUGCUGGCGACUAUUGGAACCCUGGUUAUCGCAACAUGAAAGUUGAGAUCAGAGAAAACGGGCUUUUCAUCGAUGCAACAGAUCGCUCGAUGGGCUUCACAGCGAGACUCAAACACAAGCGGGACCAGUCUGUAUACGAUGCGCAUGUACGAGACGCAUUUGAUACGGGUGACGAAGUCCUGAUGACCGAGUUCAUAAUUGAAACGGCAAGGUCGUGGGGAUGGGCAUAG